AAGUCCCAACCUCCUCAACAUAACAUUCACAUUUUCUACAUGCUUUAAAUCCAGCCUUGAAUUAGUAACAUUCCAUAUUCAGUUCCUCUAUUGGCUAAGCAUUUUCGGGUUUUAUUAGCAAUUUGAGCAUGACUUUGAUGGUAAAGCUUGCAUUUGUUGUGACUUUGUUAGUGAUUAGCAUUGAUGGUUACAAUUGCAAAGUUGUGCAGUUCAUCUUUGGGGACUCGUUGUCAGAUGUCGGUAACAAUGACAGACUCUCCAGGAGCCUAGCGAAGGCUAACCUCCCCUGGUAUGGCAUUGAUUUUGGAAAUGGCACGCCUAAUGGCAGGUUCACUAAUGGUCGAACUGUCUCUGAUAUUAUAGGGGAUAAGAUGGGGCUUCCUAGGCCACCGGCUUUUCUUGAUCCGUCUUUAACAGAAGACGUGAUCCUGGAAAACGGUGUGAAUUUUGCCUCUGGAGGUGGGGGAAUCCUGAAUGAAACCGGUGGUUUAUUUAUACAAAGGUUCUCACUCUACAAGCAAAUCGAGCUGUUUCAAGGAACACAGGAAUUAAUGAAAGCCAAAUUGGGGACAGCAGCAGCAGAGAAAUUCUUCCAGGAAUCGCAAUAUGUGGUAGCUCUGGGAAGCAACGACUUUAUCAAUAACUACUUGAUGCCUAUUUACCGCGAUUCAUGGACAUACAACGAUGAAGGCUUCAUCGAUUAUUUAAUGGAGACGCUUGGAGCACAGCUAAAGGUCUUGCAUACGCUGGGGGCACGACAGCUGAUGGUAUUCGGAUUAGGACCUAUGGGCUGCAUUCCGCUUCAGAGAGUUCUGAGUAUAUCUGGUAACGGUGAAUGCCAAGAGAAAACCAAUAACUUGGCUCUUGCUUUCAACAAGGCUGCAAGCAAUCUUCUCGAAAAUUUGUCAAAAAGCCUCCCAAAUGCAACCUACAGAUUUGGAGACGGUUAUGAUGUUGUCAACAAUGUCAUAAAAAAUCCUAAAAAAUACGGAUUCGACAACUCUGAUUCACCAUGCUGCUCAUUCGGACGAAUUAGGCCAGCCCUGACCUGCGUUCCUGCGUCGACAUUGUGCAAAGACAGAAGCAAGUAUCUGUUCUGGGACGAGUACCACCCGUCAGACAGCGCUAAUGAGCUCAUUGCUGAUGAGAUCAUUAAAAAGCUUGGGUUUAAACGGGUUAAUGAGAACAAUGGUCCGUCUCCAGCACCAGCUGAUGCUCCAUCUACCACCUGAGAAUUUUUGUCCACAAUUUACGUUUCGACUUCAAUGUUUACCUUGUGUGCAAGGAGGGAAGUGGCAUGAUUUUGUGUGUGUGAAUAAGGAUUGAUUUGUAAUGAAUUUGGCUUGGCUCACAA